GGCCAUCAAACCCACCCAAGACCCCACAAACUUUGCCCAGUAGUAGUGGAGGGCAUGAAGGAUACCUGGCAUAUUGCUGGUAUUAAGGUAAUGAAGGUCGCUGACCUGAAGAAGGAGUUGAAGGCGAGAGGAUUACCUGUGACAGGCAACAAAAAUGAGCUGGUGGAGAGGCUGCAAGAAGCUCUAGAAGCUGAUGGAAAUGUUCCACUGGGCACAGUAGAUGGAGAAGACGAAGAAUUUGAUGAAGAGGAGAUCCUUGGAGGUGAUGACAUGGAUACUGUAGACAUAGGGAAGCUGACCCCGCAGGAGGAGGCAGCAGCUUUGGGGGUCAACAUCAGUGUACGAGAUGAACUGAAUACAACUGAUCUCAACCAGGUGUCCACAAUGCUAGAACAGCCAGAAAAGAAAAAAAUCAGCCUGAAGAGGUCUGAGCCUCCAGUGCCCACAGCCCCGACCACCCCCCCUCCGACAGAGGCCUCCAAGGAAAAUACUUCACCUGAAAGCCAGAGUGAGGGUCAAGAGGAUGGCGUGCCUUCCAAGAAGCUCAUCAGACUGAGUUCCACUGAGAACAAGACUCAAAUUGAGGCGAGAGCUGAAAGAUUUGGUAUUCCAUUGAAUGAAGAAGCCAGAAAGCAGGCUCGUGCAGAACGAUUUGCUGGUAACAGUACUACAACAGCUGUCAACAAAAAACCUGCUAAGUUGUCUAUGGAAACAGGGGGAACAGACAUUGAGAAGUUGAAAGCUCGUGCCAAGCGCUUUGGCGAAGUAACUUCCAAGUCACUCACAAAGGUAACCUGUAAUGUUUCGGAACUGGAAAAAAUGAAGCAAAGGCAAGAGAGAUUUGCCGCAGGAGGAACGGAAACGAAGGGGACAGAAAUUGUUACUAGUAACAGAUUCUCUUUUCACAUUCACAGUUUGAUAAGUACUAUUCCAAUGUUUGUGUUUCCUGAGAUUAGAUUUAUUUGCAGAACCAGCCCAGAUGAUGCUAAGGCUGCAAGAGCAGCAAGAUUUGCCUCAACAACUUCCUCAGAAGACGAAAUGAAGAAGAAGCGCGCAGAGAGAUUUGGCAUACAGUGAUGACACCCGUGUGAUGGUUCUCUCAGAUAAGUUUCAUUGUACACCUAUUGGACUCAAGACCAGCAAAGAAAACAUUCUGAUUGCAAUUGCAUCAAGCCAAAGAAGGGGAUUCAUAUCUGCUGUAUGAUAAAUCAUGAUCAGAUAUCAUAUAUGUAUCUCUGAAAAGUUGUAGCCAUCAGUGAAGCCAGAGAACAGCAUACUGCAAAUGUUAGUUGAAAAAAAGAUUAUGGGAAAAAAGCAUCUGACAACAUUUUUUGAUUAUUUAAAAGAAAUAUAAAAAUGAAACAUUAUUAAAGAUAUCUGCCAAAUCAUGGGGAAACAAGGCAUAUACAAUAAAUUAGCAGGGUGGAAGACUUCCACUUCAAUAGAGGCCUUUUGUGUCCACGUAAAGAGCAAGAUUGUCAAUGAGUUGGAAUGCUCAAGUAUAUAGUUUAGAAUGUUUCUAGAACAUUGCAGUAAUCUUGAGUAACACUGGCUUAACUUCAGUACAAAAAGGUACUUUCUAAAAAAGAAAUUUUAAUGUUAAUUGUUAGUGCGAUUUGCUUGCAAGAAGUGUAGGUGUUCAAAAUUAUUUGUGUGUAAUUUCUCAUUCUUUUCCCCAACUGUAUGGCAUUCUUCUUUUAUUAUGAGUAUUUUAUAAUUUUAUAGGUAUUCCAUUUAGGGAGGACACACUUUGAAGAUAUCAUUCAUGUUUAGGAAAUUGCAAUUUUUAUUGUCUUUCAGGUAUUAGAAAUCCAGAUAGAUAGAAUGAUGAAGAUGCAUUAUUUAAAUGUAAUUUGCGUAAGGAAUAAACUUUUAUAACGUUUUCUGGUCUUUUGAUAUUCUGCUUUUUCCCAUUUUCUCUAAUGACAUUUUCUUGUAAUUAGCUUUUGUAGUAAUAUUAAUAGUAUUAUUUUAUUACAAACAUUUAUUUAUCAGUACUGUUUUACUAGCUUAUCUAUAGUAAUAUUUGGUUAACUAUGUGUAAAUUCUCUCUUUAGGUAUGUAGCAGUUUAUCAGAUAUAUAUUUUUUUUCUAUUUUUCUUUCUUUACUCUCAUUUCUGGAUAGCCAUGAAUCACAAGCAUAAUAAUCUGUAGUAAUAGAUGGUGAUAUGGGUGCAGGGUAGUAUUUCUCUGAUUUUUUUUGCCAUUACAGCAUAAUUUUAUUGAUUUGAUAGCCAUUACUUUCCUUAAAAUCUUGUUGCUUACAAUUUUUGUUGUUGUCUUUGUUUUGUUUCUAUUUUGUUUUUUUUAUGUAGGUCACUAUAGCCCCAAUAACAAAUGAUUUGAUUGAUCAGAUUAAUUAAUAUAUGCCUCGGUAGGGCUGUUGUAUACAAAUAUAGUACCUGAUAAUCUCAUUUUUAAGAACUGAAAUCAUAAUGAAUAAGUUGUUCUUGUGGCCGAAGUAACGACUCCUCAUAAGUGGGGUUGCUUUUACAUCCAUUUUUGAUAAUGCUAACUGUCUGUGUUUCUUGAAUACACUUGCUUGUAAUGCAGAUUAAUCUUUGUUAUAUACAGUUUUGCCCAAUAGAGUGUGAUUUUGGUGUUAAAUGAAUUUAGCAUAUGGAAAGGAUGAUAUGCGUUACUUGUUUUGGUAUUGGGUGAUUAGAUUGGUCAUUGUAAGGAUGGUAAACUCUUUAAAAGCUAAGAUGUAUUUGUGCAUUACAUGAGAAAAUUAUGGUGCAAGUUAUUACAGAAAGAAGCUAGUAUUGGCAAAUUUCGGCAAAUUUAGUAUAUAUAUUUUUUUCUGCAAUUUCUGUUUAUUCUAUUUGCUUCUUUUUGUUUUUCAGUUUAGAAUACAUUUUCUGAACAAAAGCAAUUCAAAAAAACAAGGCAGUAUGAGCAUGUGUUUAUAACUUCUUUUUUUUUUUAGCUUUUGUAAACUUGGUAUAUGUAGAGGUUGUUUUUAUAUGUGUAAAUUUUUAUAGUAAAAUUAAGCACAUUAAUACCUUUACCCUUUGAGGUAAAAUACUAGAAAUAUCACAUGGAUACUAACCACACAUUGUUCGUACUGUACCAUUUGUGAUUAUGUACCUUUAUCACUGCAUUGAGAGCAUUUCUUUUUUAAUAAUAAUUACAUGAAUA